AUGCCAGGCACUGCGUCGUCGUGCCGACUUCGAUCUGACGUUUCUCCGGGUCGAGACAUUAGCUUAUCAGACAUCAGCGGCAACGUUGAGGAACUACGAAAAUCGCUUCCACAUGUUGAUCUCGAAACGGGUCUAAAAAACCGCGUUGUGAAGCGCGAUCCUAUUGCCGGACUUGGGGACCUGCCGAAGGAGCACUGUGAUUUUGGAAAACCGAAGACGGCGCAUCAAAAUAAGAAAAAUUUCAACAAGACCUUACUCAGUUGGGAUGCAGAUACAGCAGCUCUUCUACCAAAAACUGGCAAAAAUCCUACCAAAGGUGAUAGCAAUUUGACUCGCAACCCGAUUGCACUGACAGGCAAUUUAGGCGAGGAGGUCGACUCCCUUCGCUGCACCUCGCGACCGAGGAAAAGUUCUACUCGUGGGCCUCAGCGGGACCCCAUAUCAGGAAAGGGGGAUUUCGGUGAACGCGAGUGGGACCCCAUCUGGAAGUACAACGGUCGAGCGCGCAGAGCACGAAGCUCAACAGCUGUUCGUUGCAAUCCUCUGACGGGAGAAAACGCGAAAACAUUCGCAAUCACCGUAGAGGAGAGGCAAAGUGGCUGUUUAACCCCAAAGACGCCGCGAUCCACCCGCAACGUCAUCACCGGUGAAAACUGCACAAACUUUGACAUAUCUCAAGAAAUGAAGCCUUGCGGACCUCGACGACAUUCAGAGGUGGGAAAGAAUACCAUAACAGGGGAGAACUGCAGCACAUACGACGUGAAUGUUGAAAACAGCAAGACAGGACGAGCGCGUGUUCGAGCCCGGUCGGAGAGCAAGAGAAUCAAUCCUCUCACGGGAGAAAAUGUGACUGCCUUUACCAUAUCAAAGGAGGAAAAGAAGAGAGCCACAAAACCUUACGUUUAUUCCAAUACGGUGACCGGUGAAAAUCGCCCGAGCUACAAAAUUACACCAAUUGAGCGCAAUGUCACGGCACGUCCGAAUACAGCGCCCUCCAAUCCUCUACUCGGUGAAAACACACAGCAUUAUAAGUAUCGGGUCGACAUCAGCUCUCCACUCACGGGCGAGGGUUCGCGGGGCUCCACCUACUCAAUUUCUGUAGAGGAACGUCGUCGAAAACCGGCCAACACGAACAACUCGAGGAACAUUCUGACCGGCGAGAAUUGCAACACCUAUCAGAUCUGUCAGGAGAUGCGAAGUGAGCGUAAAAGUUCCGCUCCACCCACCUCCAGAGGCGGAAGUGGCGGAACCUAUAAUAUUCUGACCGGAGCCGUUUGUUGA